AUGGCAUCGCCUGCCGGUGAUGACAGCCACCUCUUCGCCGGUGUCCACUUCCUCCUCAUCGGUUUCGACUGCGUCUCCGUGUCCCAGUACCGGUCGAAGUUGGUGCAGAGCGGCGGCACCGACGCCAUGCAAUUUGGCGGCGGGUGGACCCACAUCGUCGUGCGCGGCCUUGUCCACGAUGACCCGGUCUGCGCGGUGGCGCGGGCGCAAGGGAAUAAGGUUGUCAGCGAGAUGUGGGUGGAUGAUAGGUUGGAUCAGGGUGUUCUUGCCGAUGCUGAUAAGGUUAUUUAUUGGCCAGCCAGAGAUUUGAAGGGAAUACCUGGUAGUGGCUCACUGCAGAUUUGCUUGACGGGGUACCAAAUGAAGGACCGCAAAGAUAUAAUGGUAACUGCUUGCCAUUUUUCUUCAAAUGAACUAGGUGAGAAGUACAAGUGUGCCGAAAGGUUGGGCAUCAAGAUUGUUAAUCACCGUUGGUUGGAGGAUUGCUUAAAGUCAUGGAAAAUCCUACCAGAAGAUGAUUAUAGCGAGAGGAUAGUGGAGGCGCAAGCAAGGAACGCCUCAAGUUCCCGAUUCCGGAUCGCCUCAAGUUCGCAAAUGGGAAGUAUGCCGUGA